AUGUCUCCUCUCUUAAUGAAAGGGGUCGGUCUUGUAACGGGAGCUGCUUCCGGGAUUGGUCAUGCUUGCGCUCGAAUUCUUGUCGAAGAAGGAUGCACAAGGCUUGUGCUAUCCGACCUGAGUGAAGAAGGGCUUGAGAAACUCUCCCAGCAACUGAAAGAGAUAGAACCCAGUGUGGAGACUCUCUUAUUCUCAGGUGACAUGUCCAGCGAAGCCGACGUUGAUCGAAUGGUGGAAGAAGGCGCUCUGAAGUUUGGUGCAAUUCAUUAUUGUAUUAAUAGUGCAGGCGUUACCAGCAAACCACGCCUGCGAACCCAUGAGCUGGAAGUCGAGGCAUUUGAUCGCGUCAUUAACAUCAAUCUCCGUGGGCUUUGGUUGUGCGAAAGAGCACAACUCCGCCAAAUGCUCAGACAGCCUGCUACACUAAAGACACGCAACCAUGCUACCUCGAGUCCGCUUCAGCGGGGUGCCAUUGUGAAUAUUAGCAGUAUCUUUGGUCUCACAGCCCAUCCUACCGCUGGAGCGUACCCUGCUUCAAAAGCUGGCGUCUUGGGCUUAACACGAACAGAUGCCGUGGCGUAUGCGACGGAUGGAAUCAGAGUUAAUGCAAUCUGUCCUGGUUUCAUCAAUACGCCUCUAGUCGAACAAGCCAGAGCCAGCGGUGCCGAUUAUUCGAAACUAAUCGGGCUAAUACCAUUCCAGCGUUUUGGGACCUCAGAAGAGCUCGCUGAGGCUGCUGUCUGGCUAGUGAGUGAGCGAGCAAGCUAUAUCAGCGGUGUUGAAUUGCCAGUAGACGGCGGCUGGAUGAGAGCUUGCAAUACGUAA